AUGGCAACUUCGAUGCCAACUACUGGAAAACUUCAAUCGAAUCCAGGAGAAAAAUCAGUUGAUCAGAAACUAUACAGAUCUAUGAUAGGGAGCUUGCUAUAUCUAACUGCAACAAGACCAGACAUUGCUUUUAGUGUGGGAUGUUGUGCUACAUUUCAAGCAGAUCCUAGAGAAUCACAUCUCAAAUCUGUAAAACGAAUCAUUAGAUACGUUAAUGGUACACUAGAUUAUGGUUUAUCAUACUCUAUGGAUACGAACGAUAGUCUUGUUACCUAUUCAGAUGCUGAUUGGGCAGGAUGUGUAGAAUAUCGUAAAAGCACCUCUGGUGGUUGCUUCUAUGGGAAUAACAACUCACAGGGGGAGAGUCCUAUAUUGAACUGGAGCUUAAAAAUCAUAUGUUUUUGGGGAGAGUGGUUGUAG